UCGGUUUGCUUUUUCCUGUCCCCUCCAUCUCAUAUUGGCUGAGCCUGUCCUUGGGUGUGUUGGUGUGCACCUAGUCUGCGUGUUGUCAAUACCAUUUGACUGUGUUUUGUCCCCUGAGUGCAUAGCGGGGGCGUGCACAAGCAAGCUGGGCCAAACGUUGGGCGGGGGCAUGGCUGCAUUUGCCUGAAUGCAUUGCAGACAUUCCGGUGGCUCACUAGUUGUUGCCAGACCUGACCGUUCUACCUGAUGCUUCCCACCUUAAGAAUCUUCCACAUCACUAAUCUUUAGUAAGGGGUGAAGGAGAAGUGUGAGACCUCACUGUGCUCAGUCCAGGAGAUAGGGCAGAGAUCUGUUGGGUGCGUACUCGCACUGCUGUACUGUCAGGAGGAGUCCUCGGUACCCUUUCACCUGCUGGGCUCCAUUCGAAGGUCCCAGCAUGGUGUGUUGGAAGCUGAGUAGAAUUACGGAGGAGGAGGAGUUCUGAUUGGAUCCAAGCUGUAAACUCUGGACCAGAAAAUGUUUUUGUCCCCUGGAAGGUCUAAAUGACGAAACUUACCCUUCCAGCUAGCUGGGUGCAAAGAUUCAUUAGUUCAACCAGUCCACUUUAAAGAGUGCUGUCAAAUGUCCAAACAAGACUGUAGGACUGGAGAAGCUGACUGUGAAACCUUUGGAACCCAGUUGGAACCUUCGCGGUUGAGCGUGGUGGGAUCGAGUGGAGUCCAUGGGUGGAGAGUGCCUCAGAGGGUGGAUGUCCUUCCCAUGCUUGCUGUGGCCGCUCAGGGCGCAGAGGAGUGCUUCAUUGUGUGAUGAAAUGCUGAGUCUGUGGAGGAUAAAUAUUUGAGCGCGGCCAACCUAAAAAGGGCUCUAGCUUGUGUUCACAUAGGACAUCCAGAGCACAGCAGUGAUUUGUUAUAAGGUGAGGUGAGAAUAGACUGAAAACCUUUCCAAGUAAACUUCAUGGGAGAGUUAAACAAACAAACAAAAAAAGUUCCUCGCCGGGCUUCCAUUUUCUUUUAUUGUUGUGAUUUAUAUAGUGUUGACUGUAAACACUAAUAAACACACACAACUGCUUACAUAAAAUCCCUUCUUGAAACAGGUGUGAAAUGUGGAGGGGGUGCCACAAGGGGACAGGCUAAGAGAAGGUGUGAAGUGGGAGAGGCGAGGUGGGACUCCAGUGCCCGCAGUGGAGGCUACUCUGUUUUACUGGUGUGGGGGGCCUCUCGCCCUGGAGUUUAGUUAACUCUUGGAGAUCUCCCGCACCCCUAUCCCUCCAAGCUUAUUCGGUCUAGCUGGCCCAACCUUUCUUCCCCUUGUCUAACCGUCUCCCGCCACAGCACUCCCGGAUGCCCAGGGUCAUCUUGGUUCGUCUGGAAUUGGGUGUUCCUUCGGAUCGUAGUAUACUAGCCUUCCAUUUUGGAAAAUUCAGCUGUUGGUGUUGUUCUAUUUUGAUUCCAUGUCUGCCAAGGAUCCCUUUGAUACAAGCGCUUUAAUGAACAACUUGACUUCUAACUUCUACCUCGAGUCCACGACCCGGGGGGGGAGGGGAGAAUGAAGCCAGUUUCUGAGUUGGAAGCAGGCAGAAUCUUUGCCUCUCUCCUGACUGUUCUGUAACAAAAGUCUACCUCUCAGCUGAAGGCAGAUCUUUUAUUCUUACGGACAGUGUCAAAGUUCUUCCCGGUUUCAUUUUAUUUUAAGGAGCAGAACUUAAUAAUUAACCACAAGUUGGUUCAUUUGAAUCCAGGGCCAGUAGCCUCCUAAGUAGUGCUAAUUGCAUUACAUUUUUAUUCAGAGGCUCCUCAUUUUUAGCAUAACAAAAAUCUCCCCUGAAUGAGUGGACUAAGACCAAAUUCAUUUCUUUGCAAGGGUGUUAGGAGGUUUUAAUUGUGCUCAGUCGUCUGACUUUUUCCUCCAGUGAAACUAUUUCCACACCUCAAUCCAGUUAGCAAAAUACAUUCUUUCAUUCACAAGAAGGGCAGUGCAUGCAAGCUAGGCAUGGAUUUAGGACUUUGAAGUUUACAACCAAGGAAAAGUGUGUUGGGGGGGGGGUGCACAGAACCCCUCUUGAACUGAUGCUCCAUUAUCAGCCGUCACCUUUACUGCCUCACGCACAACUUCAGUUCCCCCUCCGCUCAGCCCUCUGAAAAGAAAAAACAAAGACAUGUAUUCCUGGUCAAGUGCAUUUUUGUGCAAUUUUUGUCCUUUUUUGUGAGAAUGACAGAUUUCUUUCGUUUCCAAAUAUUCCUAACGAUUUUCUGCUCAAGUGUAAGAUAAUGCAAAGGGUUUUUAGAAAGAGCGGUGAGUAGGGGGUGGGUGAAGGCGGUGUGAUAAAUGGUUUGUUGCUCACGGGAGGGUAAAAUAUUUAUGUUCUCCAAGCCCAGAUUCUCCAUACCUUCCCUCCUUAACUUUUCCUUCUUCUUUUUCUUUUCCUUCUUCUCUUUCUUCUGUUUUUUUUUUGUUUGUUUGUUUGUUUUUCAAGGAAAGUCUGGUUUGGACGACCUUGUCUCCCAGGUUUCAAGGCUCUUCCUGUGGACCAAGUUUUCCUGUUUGGUGUUUGUUCAAAGGAGAGCUCACCCCACCCCCACCCCACCCGCGUCACUUUUGCAGUAACCGUACUAGGCACUCACCACUUUCUAAUAUAAAUAACCAGGUGGCUUUAGAAGGGUAUCUAUUUGGGAAACGCCUGCUGUGGUCCCAUUAAAUUUUCGUGGGGUGCCUGGACUUCGGUUUUCACAGUGUGUCCUCCUCUCGGGUUGCCAGGGUCCUGCAGUCCUUACUGACACACAUUUUCAAUUAAAGGGGGUGGUACAGGGAGGGUCUCCAAGUGCGCCAGCGCAUCUUUCCUGAGUUUUGUUUUUGUUUUUCUGUAACUCUGGCUCGCCUUCCUUUUUUUUUUCCUUCCUUGACCCAGCCCCUCUUUCCCUUUGAGCCCGCUGCCCUUGAACUUGUAUCUUGAGGAGAGGAAGGCUCACACAACUUCAAAUAAAGCCCAGAUUCGUUGGUAUUAAUGCAUCUGACAUCAACUAUUCUGCUGGACGCUAUGACCCAUCCGUGAAGCCCCCCUUUGACAUAGGUUUUGAAGGGAUUGGUGAGGUGGUAGCCUUAGGCCUCUCUGCUAGUGCUAAAUACACAGUGGGCCAGGCUGUGGCUUAUAUGGCUCCUGGUUCUUUUGCUGAGUAUACAGUGGUACCAGCCAGCGUUGCCACUCCGGUGCCUUCAGUAAAACCUGAGUAUCUCACUCUGCUGGUUAGUGGCACCACUGCAUACAUUAGCCUGAAAGAACUUGGAGAGCUGUCAGAAGGGAAGAAGGUUUUGGUUACAGCAGCCGCCGGGGGGACAGGACAGUUUGCUGUCCAACUUUCAAAGAUAGCCAAGUGUCAUGUCAUUGGAACCUGCUCCUCGGAGGAAAAGUUAGCUUUUCUGAAAUCCAUUGGGUGUGAUCGCCCCAUCAACUACAAAGCAGAGCCGGUGGCCACAGUUCUGAAGCGGGAGUACCCUGAAGGUGUCAAUGUAGUCUACGAGUCUGUUGGGGGAGCCAUGUUUGACCUGGCUGUGGAUGCCUUAGCCAUCAAAGGUCGUUUGAUGGUGAUUGGGUUUAUCUCUGGCUACCAAAGCCCUGCGGGUCUUUCACCAGUAAAAGCAGGAGCUCUACCUGCGAAGCUCCUGAGGAAGUCUGCCAGUCUCCAGGGGUUCUUUCUGAACCACUAUUUAUCCAAGUACCAGGCCGCCAUGGAACACCUGCUGGAACUGUACGCUCGUGGGGAACUGGUCUGUGAGGUGGACCUUGGACAUCUAGCUCCAGAGGGAAGGUUCCUUGGCUUGGACUCCAUAUUCCGGGCUGUUGACUAUAUGUACACGGGGAAAAAUAUUGGAAAACUUGUGGUUGAAUUGCCUCACCGUGUCAGCAGCAAACUGUGACAACAGAACAGUGACGUAAACCAGAGGAGAAAGAAAGAGUUCUCCGUGCCUUAGAAUGAACAUAAUAGUUCCUAAAACACAAGUGUAGUGUUAAUGAAUUCAACUCCCCCCUUUCCUUGGGGGUAAAAAUAAUGCACCUCAAUAAAAGUUCUCUCUCUAGCUAA